GAACAAAAUUAACUGGGGAAGGAGCUGAAGAUCUAGGAGCCCAACAAGGUUCGAGGAAAGUUGGGGCGGCCCAUCCAAUGAGACAUGAAGGAAAGACACUAAGCUGCAUAGACUUUUUUUUAUUUACUUCGGAGUGAUAUCAAGAGAGUACAAGAGUAAAAGGAGCAAGUAGCGAAGGACCACUGCAGUAGUAAAGUUAGAAAGAGGUUUGCUCUGACCUCUCUCCUCGUUUGCUUUUAUGACCGUUGCGAGUCAAGCCCCCACUGCGGGGGAAGACCACUGCCUGAAGCCUCCCGACGGGUCGCCGACUGCCUCUCCCGUGCAGCCGAGCAAAAAAGCGAGGGCUAACUCAAGCACGGAGUUCUCAGGGCAGACAGAUAUGGAUAUGGCCAUCGUCACAGCAAGAGCGGAAGACGAAGAGAUGCAUAGCACGGAAGAUCCAAACGAAUCUAACACUGGAGCACCCUCCUCUGCCGCACUCAACUCAGGGGCGGAAAAAACCAGCUACAGAGACUCAUUCCUUGGAAACAGUCCACCGGUUGAUAUCCCGGAAGGCGACGACCUAAUGUCCGAUGAAUCAGAAACAGAGGAUGCUGAGGAUGAUCCGGACUCUCCGACCAUCCGAAUAAAAAAGAAAACCAAUGCCAAGAUCUGCAACAGAUGGCGACGUGCGAUUACUUUCAGAAUCCUUGGCCGAACCUUCCCAUUCGCCCUUGUCCAGAGCAGGGUUCAACGAAUGUGGGCAAAGACAGGUGGACUCAAGGUGGGUGAUAUUGGAAAUGGAUAUUUUCAGGCAACUUUUGUUCCCAGCUGGAUCACAAUCGAGCUCUGUAUGGCGGCCCGUGGACGAUCGAAGACCACUACAUCGUCUCGGAGCCAUGGAGACUCGACUUUGACCCCGAUUUCGACACGAUAAACAGAACGGCGGUCUGGGUCCGCCUCCCCCGCCUCCCAUUAGCUUACUUUGAUGAAGAACAUCCUGUACGACAUCGGCAAUAAAAUUGGAAGGGUGGA